AUGGCCAAGGAUCAAAAAGUAAAUCUCAAUUCUCCUGAAGGCAUUCAUGUCGAUGAUACCAGUGGUACGGUCUAUGUGGCUAAUUAUGCAAAUAAUCGCAUCCAGAAAUGGUUAAAAAAUGCUCUUAAUGGUACCAAUGUAGCGGGGUUUAGCACUGGUGAAGAAGGCGAUGAUCGUGAAGCGUUGUCAAAUCUGACUGCUGUAUGGGUUGAUGAUGAGACUCAAGUUGUAUAUGUAGCGGAUUCAUCCAAUAAUCGAAUUCAACGUUGGCUACCAGAUGCAUUCAUAGGUGAUACCAUUGCUGGUGGAUCAGCUAUGGACGUAGAAUCUUGA